AUCGAUUGGUUUUGAGCUAUCUGUCAUCAUUGCCCCUAAAUUAUUUUGAUAUUUAUUCAGAGUUCAUAUCAAGCUAUAUCAAAAUUUGUGCAAUAAGUAUGUCAGAACAACCGACACAACAUAAAUCCGACGAUCGCUUGACCAUCCUGCAAACCAUAUCGGAUGUACUGAACUCCGGCCUCAGCAAAGAAUCCCUUAAAAUCUGCAUCGAACUGGUGGACAAUGGUGUCUCUGGUGGCGCACUAGCACACGUAAUCCAGACCAUUAGAAGGGAGGCUCAAGAUGAUGAAGAUAAGGAAAGUGAUGAUUCCGGAGAAUCGGAUGCAUCAACAGACUCAACUUUGUACUAAAUGCAUAUAAAAUGUAUUUUUGUGUUUAUAUUUUGAGUUUGUUAAAUUAAAAGUUCAACUCUC